AAAGAAAAAUAACCGCUUUCUCCGUAUGACUUCUCGAACUGGUUGGUGUUUCCUCCGCCAUGUCUACCACCCUCGCGACUCCAACGACAUUCAACGCGACUUUGGGCCACAACGGCUCCGUUUCCACCGGCUUGGGUCAGCUGGCCGUCGAGCUGCCAGAAUGCGUUGCCCUCUGUAUCAGGAAUGAGUUGCCUAAAGCCGCAUGCAAUUCCGCAAAUUCAACCUGUGUCUGCACAAGCGAAAGUCUCAAUAACGCCAUUGGCGUGUGUGUAAAAGCUAACUGCACCAUUAUUGAAGCUCUCCGUACGUAA